GAGCAUUUUUCCUGUUCCUAUGCGCACAACAGACGCUUGCAAGCUCGCGGAAGGUUUACAGCACUUGUAGGCCGACGAUUUUCAGCCACAACAAUUCACGUCUGGAGUCACAUUUAGGGAUAAACAUCAAGAGAUGAAUUAUAAAUGACUCGUAAAUGUAUUCAAUUUCUCAAAGCAAAUGUUUCUUGCACGGAAUAUCGGCACUUUGGGCAAGAGAGGGACACAAUUUGAGAUCGUGGUCAAUUAGUUCCCUGCACUAUGGGUUGUUGGUAACCAGAUUUACCUGAAAUACAGCUGGAGUAGCCUAUUGUGCAUACCUGGAAUACAGAUCUUGUCUAGGGUAUUUAAAGGUCUCACAGUUUGCAAGAAUGAAAACAUUUCAGGGGAGAAUUAGGUAUCGUUGGCACAACGGCAAGAAGAGCUGGCUUUUAUGAAUAACUAUCUUUCAUUAUGUCAUUGUCAGCAAGGGCACCAACGCAUAAUAUUGAGAUGCAGACUCUUCUGAAGGGCAGAAGAGUGGGCUACUGGCUCAGCGAGAAGAAGAUCAAAAAGAUGAAUUUCCUGGUAUUUGUGGACAUGUGCAGGAAACGAGGCAUAGAAAUGGUUCAGCUGGAUCUGAGUCGGCCCCUGGAGGAGCAAGGCCCUCUGGAUGUCAUCAUCCACAAGCUGGCGGACCUCAUUCUGGCAGACCAGAAUGACACGCAGGCCCUGCUAUUGGUGCAGAGUGUCCAGGAUUACAUCGACACCCAUCCUGAAAUGGUGGUUCUGGACCCGCUGCCGGCCAUUAGGACCUUGUUGGACCGCUGCAAGUCCUACCAGCUCAUCCGCAGGCUUGAAGACUGCAUGAAAGAUGAAAGGAUCUGCUCUCCUCCCUUCAUGGUUCUAAGGAGUGAGUGUGGAACCGACACUCUCGAACACAUCCAGAAACAUGGCAUUACCUUCCCUUUCAUUUGUAAAACUCCAAACUCCAACUCCCAUGAGAUGGCCAUCAUCUUCAGUGAGGAGGACCUGAAGGAUGUUAAGCCCCCGUGUGUGAUCCAGAACUUCAUUAACCACGAUGCUGUACUCUACAAGGUGUAUGUGGUGGGAGAGGCCUACUACGUGGUAGAGAGGCCUUCUAUCAGAAACUUCCCUUCUGGACCUGCAGAGAGAAAACCCAUUUUUUUCCACAGUCAUGAUGUGUCCAAGCCAGAGUGUGCUUCCGACCUGAAUUCUAGGGACAAUGUGGAGGGGGUGUCCAGGGUGCCUGUCGACGACGUCAUCAGGGAGAUCUCUAGGUGUCUGCGGCGCGCACUGGAUGUGUCCCUGUUUGGCAUCGACAUAAUCAUCAGCAACCAGACAGGGCAGCAUGCAGUCAUUGACAUCAACGCAUUUCCAGGUUAUGAGGGAGUCCCAGAGUUCUUUGACGACCUACUGAGUCAUCUCACAAGUGUUCUCCAGGAGCGGGCCUUUGAGAGGACCAGCGUGGUCGGGGGACAGCCCCCCGCCGCAGCCCUGGCCGACUGUGGGAAACCCUGCAUGCUUCUGGGAAACGAGGCCAGCACCUGGAUCGUAGAGGGAGACUGCGUCAAGAGGGGAGGCAAUCAGGGACUGGGGUGCGACUCUGAAGUUUCAGCCAACUUCCAACAACAUUGUGUGUCUGCCAUCCCCACCAAAGCCUCCUCGCAAUAAUGCCCAGCCCCUAGUAGUGAAGAACAAGAUGUUGUAUGUAAUACAGUGGGGUCCGAAAUUGACACCCUUGAUAAAGAUGAGAAGAAAAUGACGAUCAAAUAAAUAAUAAAAUUACUGAGCUACAUUGUAUGCUCCAUUUUUGUGUUAUAUUAUACAGUUGAUCAGAAAGAGAUUGUUUAAGUCAUCUUUUUAAAUGUAAUCUGACCAUGGCACCGGUUUCAAUCCAAGUGCCAAUGCCAUUUAGCAAACUCCAGACAUUUACACUUUUGGAAAUACAUGAAAAUAGAGCUCUUUAUUUUUGUUGUAAUUUUUGCUUAUCUUUAUCAAGGGUGUCAAUCAUUUUCCCGAAAAGCUUCAAUGCAUCUUGGCAUAGAUCAGGGUUCUCCACCCCUGUUCCUGGAGAGCUACCGUCCUGUAGGUUCUCUCCAACCCUAAUCUAGCACACCUGAUUCUAGUAAUUAGCUGGAUAAUAAACUGAAUCAGGUUAGUUACAACAGGAAGGUAGCUCUACGGGAACAGGGUUGGAGAGCACUGGCAUAGAUUCUUCACGUGUCUGGAACUCCAUCAUUUGGUGUUUUAUUGGUGGUGGAAAACGCUCUCAGGCGCCACUACAGAAUAUCCCAUAAGUGUUCAAUUGGGUUGAGAUCUGGUGACUGAGCUGUCCAUGGCAUAUGGUUUAGCUCAAUGUCAUGCUCAUCAAACCAUUCAGUGACCACUCGUGCCCUGUGGAUGGGGGCAUUGUCAUCCAAUGGGGCCAUAGCCAGGGUAGCCAAAAUAAUGGCCUGCCCAGUAUUUUUAUACAUGACCCUAAACAGGAUGGGAUGUUAAUUAUUUAAUUAACUCAGGAACCACGCCUGUGUGGAAACACCUGCUUUCAAUAUACUUUGUAUCCUUCAUUUACUCAAGUGUUUCAAUUAUUUUGGUAGUUACUAAUUAAUGUGCUUGCUGAGGGCAAGACCACAAGAUUUCUUACAUAUUCUUAAUAUUAGUGUGCUUGCAGAAGGCAAGACCACUCUGGAUUUCUUACAUAGACUUACGUGUGCUUGCUUAAAGCAAAACACAACUUUAGAAACUGGUCAUACUUAUUAUUCCGCUGGAACCUUUUAGUGCCAAAACUACCAACACCAAAACAACUUUUAAAACGUCCAGACAGCCACUGCUCAGGUUGCUUGAAAAAAAGUAUACGUUUUGAUACUACUAAUACUUUUCACACUACAACCGUAUUUGCAUAAAUCCCAAUGGAAUUCCGGUCGUAACUAGUCUUCCACCGCUUAAACUAGAACUACUUUAAGAUACCAUUUAUUCUUUUUGAGCUAUAACUGUUUUACAUGUGCAUAAAAGCGCCAUAGGCUUGAAUGGAAAGUUUAUUUUAAAGCAUACAUUUUAUACAAAGUGAAGCCGAAUACCCAAAACCCCUUGGUUGUCCCUAUCCUCAUGCCCACCCAUCUCCACGCCUGCCCACCCCUGUGAAGUAUUUGGAUUCGCGAUUGCUCUUGAACCGUUAAAGCUACAAACACCAAACCAACGUUGACUUGUACACGCUGACUCAACGUAGAUUGCUCGUCAAUUUUUUUUUAACUAUGAAGCAAAUUUUAAAAAUGGUUAAAGGCAAAAUGUGGAUUCACCACUGCUCUUGAUCCGUUUCAGCUACAACCACCACCCCAAUGUUGACAUGCCGACUGACUUAACUUAAAUGGCUUCUAUAGAGCUUUUUGCUACCAUUCCUACCUCAUAAACUAUAAAGCCUGUUGUAUCCCCAUCCAUUUCAAUGGUGGAAUGCGGGCUUCAACAUUCUUAACUGAAAUCACUACCACAACUUUCAGAAUGUUCAAACAAAAACAUUUUGAAGAGCUUAAAAACACCUUAGGGCUUAUGAUGACGUGGAACUCACUCUAGCCUACUAUACUAGCCCACUAUAAUAACUCCACACCUACAAACCACCCCAAAAUAAGUCACUAUAACUAACACAGCCUAUGAAAACCCUACUACUGCCAUUAAUACAACUAUUUCACAACCAUAAAUAUUCAAUAUUAGCAAGCACACCACGUUUACUUCAGUAAAUGUCCUUUUCUAGUUAUUCUAUUUAUUCCCCUCAAUAUAGUGCUUAAAUGAUUUAAGCUAUUAACACGAAACCGACUUCCAAAUGUGCAGACUAACUCAAAUUACGUUGUUUGAGAAUCUUUUUGAUAGCAUUAUAUACUUUUGAACUACAACAAUAUUUAAAAUGAUCUACAAUGCAUUUCAAUGGCAAAAAGAUGGUCUAGGCGUCAAUAUUCUAGACUCAUCACUUUCGCUGUUUUGAAGCUAUCAACACCAAACCAACUUUGAUGUUCACACUGACCCAACUUACAUUGCUUGAAUUCAGAUUUGUUAUACUACUUUUGACCUAUAACCAUUUAAAACUAGCAUAAAUUUAACAUGGGUUUCAAUGAGAACCAUAGGAAUACAGUGUUAGCUAUUCAAAAUGGUCCUUGGCCAAUUACGCUACAAGACUAACUUUAAAACAUUCAGGUUUUAUAAACUAUUUUACGUUGCUAAAAUGUGCAUAAAUGCAUGGAUUCAAUGCCAACCAUAAGAAAACAGUGGUAGACAUUUUAAAUGCUACUGCUCUUUAACCAUUUCAGCUACAAACAACAUUAAAACUGACAUUUUCAGAAUUUGUUUAAACUAUAGCAAUUCAAAAAUGUCAAAUUGGCAUUUUAAUAACCCACCAACAGUAAUAGUAACUCUUGAACGAUUCAAACUAGAUCCAAACCAACAUGUUCAGGCUGUCCAAUCAAUCAGUCGUUCCAUCUACCAACUUUUCAACUAUAACCAGUCACUACCAUUACUACUUCAGUCACUAUCACUACAAUCAUUUAUUUCACAACCAUAAAUACUAUAAAGAUGUCCUUCCAGUGAUAUUUGAACUUUUCCUGUUGAAAAGCAAUAGCUCAAGUAAUGUACACCCACUUGAGAGUAAAAAUGUUGUGAGCAAAAUGUUUUUUAGACAACUGUAAACUUCAAGGAGUAGGCCAUUCAAGGAGGUGUUCUGAUGUCAUUGCUUGAGGAACAAUAAAGGAGCAAUAGAGAACAAAGAGGAACCCCAACCCCCCCCCCCCCCCCCCCCCCCAUCCCACUUGUCACGUCAUAAUCGUACCUGGAUCACCUUGAGAUGUGCCUAAGUAAAUCAGGUGUUCAAUGAGGUGAAAAGACUGGAACAGGACUUUAAGACACGCUCACAAGCGCAAACAUUUCCUUUUCCUUUAGUGCUGAGAAGGAAGAUAUAUUUUUUUUAAUGAAUUCAGUGGUUCCAAUUUGUUUUGAUCCACUGGUUUACUGUAAUCACAUCCCUGCUAUCGGAUCUCUGUCAUAUCAAUGACUUUGUCAAAUGUGUCUAUAGGUUCCUACUGAGCCGUGAUGGUCAUGCUCUCCUGUAGGGGAGGGCAAAGGGACCCAGCAGCCUUAAUUUAAUUGUGUGUGUGUGUUAGUCUGAUCUUCGAGAUACGUAUAUGAUAAUUUAUUAUAUAGUAUAUUGUGAAUAUACCUUGAAUGCACAAACAUUAAGAACUACUAAUAUUGAGUCCCCCUCCCACCCCUCUUGUCCUCAGAACAGCCUCAAUUUGUCGGGGGCAUGGACUCUAUAAGGUGUCAAUGUUGACUCAUACUUCCCACAGUUGUCAACUUGGCUGGAUGUAUUUUGGGUGGUGGACCAUUCUUCAUACACACGGGAAACUGUUGGAAACUGUUGAGUGUGGAAAAACCCAGCAGCUUUGCAGUUCUCGACACAAACCGGUGUGCCUGACACCUACUACCAUACACCGUUCAAAGGCACUUAAAUCUCUUGUUGCCCAUUCACCCUCUGAAUGGCACACACACACAAUCCUUGUCUCAACUGUCUCGAGGCUUGAAAAUCUGAACUUCAAUAAGGGGUGAAAAUCCUAACAUCAAUAAGAGAUCAUAGCUUUCACCUGGUCAGUCUGUCAUGUAAAGAGCAGUUGUUCUUAAUGUAUUGUAUACUCUGUGUAUAUUUUUAUCUUUCAGGACAGAACAUAAUUAGUAUACUACUCUGUAAAAUCCAGAAUAAAUGUCAACUAAGGGCUAGAUUUAAUCAGAGCCGCCUUAAUUGUUUUUGUUUAAGCGAAGUUGGAUGUGUAACUGCGUUGGUUCAGUCAAAUCGGCAAGCUGCUCCCGGCGUUAUACAGAUCGUGUACAUUGCUUUUGGAUACUCCUUGGGAUGGGAUUUGUAGAAAUCCCAUGCAGCCGUGUUGCAAAUUUUUCCAUGGGUUUGUGUGUUAUCUACACCUCGAUUAGGCUGAAUUAAAUCAUUAUUUUGUUGAAUGAUUUUCAAUUUCACUGUCAUUAUUUCUAUAUAGCCUACACUUUCUCAUUCUGUGGGAUGGGUGUGGCCACGGAUUUAACACCUCCAACACCGUUGCACUGUGACACCUAUGACACCACCUAAACAAAAACAAUGAUAUGCUAUGCAGUUUGCCGGUUAUCGCUGAUUUGAUUGAAUCUAGGCCUUGCUGGUUUAUUACUUGUUAAAAUGCUGUGACUGCAGCAUAGAUCAAUUUCUAUAACAAAUUUGCUAAAUUAGCUUUGGGGACUUACAUUUAUUAAAGAAGAACCAAGUAAAGAUCCAUUUGGGUAAAUUAAAAGUUCCAACUUGAAAUGUGAGAUUACUGUUUGUAACUAAUUUCCUGAUGUAUGCUAUUGAACAAAAUGUGUAUGUUGUAUAAAUGAUCAAUAUGGACAUAUUUGUUUCAAAAAACUGAGCUAAUAAAUCAAGGAAGACAAACAAA